GCCUCUGCAACGUUCCAUCGCGAUCCUGAUGAUCCGUCAAAGGGGUUCUUUAGAAAGUGUCCAAGUUUAUUCUUUAUAGGGAACAGUGAGACGGCAACCCAAAACUCCCCAGUCCUGGAAAUCUCUCUCUGGAGAGCCACCAAAGUCUGGGCCUGUUCAUUUUCUGGAAGAGAAACUGAAGAGGAAGCCCGGAUCGAUGUCCCACCCGUUCCCACCCACCCGCAAGGAAUUCAUGAUCACAUGACCCUGGAUAUGGACGUCGUCCUAUCGGAUUUUGUACGCUCAACGGGGGCAGAGCCAGGAUUGGCAAGGGAUCUGCUUGAAGGGAAAAACUGGGACCUGAGCGCCGCCCUGAGUGACUUUGAGCAGCUCCGGCAGGUGCACGCCGGGAACCUUCCCCAUUCCUUCAACGAAGGCCGGGCCUUCAAGCACGUGGAAAAGGACGUGGCGUGGCCCCCGCGGCCCCCACUCCAGCGACAGGAUGACAUUGUGCAAGAGAAGCGCCUGUCUCGCGGGAUCUCUCAUGCCAGCUCCACCAUCGUCUCCAUGGCUCGCUCUCAUGUCUCCAGCAACGGGGGCGGGGGCAGCGGCGGGGGGGUCGGCGGCAGCGGGGAGCACCUCCCGGAGAUGCCCAUCUGCACCUUCCAGCUUCCCGACCUGACCGCCUACAACGAGGAGUUCCGGUGCUUCAUCGAGCGCGAUCUCAUCGAGCAGUCGAUGCUGGUGGCGCUGGAGCAGGCGGGUCGUCUGAACUGGUGGGCCAAUGUGGAUCCCAGCUGCCAGCGGUUGCUCCCCUUAGCCACGACGGGCGACGGGAACUGCCUGCUCCACGCUGCGUCGCUAGGCAUGUGGGGUUUUCACGACCGGGAUCUGAUGCUCCGCAAAGCCCUCUACGCCCUCAUGGACAAAGGGAUGGAAAGGGAGGCCCUCAAGCGGCGGUGGAGGUGGCAGCAGACGCAGCAGAACAAAGAGUCCGGCCUCGUUUACACAGAAGAGGAAUGGCAAAAGGAGUGGAACGAGCUGAUCAAGCUGGCUUCCAGCGAGCCACGCAUGCACUACGGCACAAAUGGAGGGAGCUGCGGAGGUGUGGAAGGCUCCGAGGAGCCCGUGUACGAGAGCCUGGAGGAGUUCCACGUCUUCGUCCUGGCCCACGUGCUCAAGAGGCCCAUCGUGGUGGUGGCGGACACCAUGCUGCGAGACUCUGGGGGAGAAGCAUUUGCUCCCAUCCCUUUUGGUGGCAUUUAUCUGCCCUUGGAGGUCCCCGCCAAUAAGUGCCACCGCUCUCCACUGGUCCUAGCCUACGACCAGGCCCACUUCUCUGCCCUGGUAUCCAUGGAGCAGAAAGAACCUCCCAAGGAACAAGCUGUGAUCCCGCUCACCGACUCCGAGCACAAGCUGCUCCCAGUGCACUUCGCCGUGGACCCCGGGAAAGACUGGGAGUGGGGUAAGGACGACAACGACAAUGUCCGGCUGGCCAGCGUGACGCUCUCGCUGGAAGCCAAGCUGCACCUUUUGCACAGCUACAUGAAUGUAAAGUGGAUCACGUUGCCUUGCGAAAUGCAGGCGCCUCUCGCGCAGCCCGAGUCACCGACCGCUUCUGCGGGGGACGAUGCCCGGUCGGCGGCCGACUCGGGCGACUCAGACAAGGAGUCCGUGUGCAGCAGCUCGGCCAGCAACAGCGGGGGCAGCAAGAGCAGCAGCAGCAAGGACAAGGAGAAGGCCAAGAAGGAGCGGGAGAAGGACAAGGAGAAGAAGCGGGCCGACUCGGUGGCCAACAAGCUUGGCAGCUUUGGCAAGACGCUGGGCAGCAAGCUGAAGAAGAACAUGGGGGGGCUGAUGCACAGCCGGACGGUCAAGGGGGGCGUCAGCAACGGGCAAGGGGGCGAGACCCUGGAGAAGAAGAAGAAGAAGGGCUCUGUCAAGGUGCGGAAGGGCAGCAAGGACGAGGCGCUGUCCAGCGACUCGGCCACUCCGCCCGAGAAGCCGUGCGCGGCGGGCAAGGCCGCCGCCGAGAAGCCGCCGGACGGCUGCAAGUACAGCAGCGACGUCCGGCUGAGUUUGAGCAUCCUGCGGGCCGCCAUGCAAGGGGAGCGGAAGUUCAUCUUCGCCGGGCAGCUCAAGACCAGCCACCGGCACCCGUUCCAGGAGGAGAUGAUCCAGCGGUACCUCUCGGAUGCUGAGGAGCGCUUCUCGGCGGAGCAGAAGCAGAAGGAGGCGGAGAGGAAGGCGGCCGCGGCACUGGGCAGCAGCGGGGUGGCGGCCAAGAGGCCGGACUCGGACGGCAACCCCCCCAAAGGCGAGGAGGGCUUGCUGGGCACAGCGUACCCUCCGGGGCUCCCGCCAUACGGGCUCCAGAGCCCCGACCUGGCCGCCGUGGGGGCUAAGAUGGCUGGCUUCCCAUCCAGCUACUCAGGGGUCUUCACCAUCCCCCGCCCCUCCAUGACGGGCGGCGUGGAGGGCUCCCACCCGCCCAGCUACCAAGAGAGCCGGAGGCAGCUUGCCGGCGGUCCCUGUGGCCCCCUGCCCCCCUACGCCACGUUGCCCAGGCACUGCCCUCCGGGCCGCCCUCACCCGUACCAGACCAGCCCUUCCCACCUGGGCGGGCGCUUCUCUCCCACCGAGACGGACACGCCCCCCGGCUACGUGGGGGCAGACUGCGACCCCUCUCCCUGCCCGGGCCUGCCCGCCAACGGCUUCCGGGAGUACGCGGAGGCAGGCGGCUGCUCUCCGAAAGUCGCCGAGCACAGCAAAGCCCGGCUGCUCUACAACCUCCAGCAGACGAAAUGCAAACAGCCGAACUGCAGCUUUUACGGGCACCCGGAGACUGGGAACUACUGCUCCUGCUGCUACAAGGAGGAGCUGAAGCGCAAGGAGAGGGAGAGGGAGGCCUUGAUACACAGGUUCUGAAGGGCCGGGCUCCGGACUUCCUGGCCCCCCCCCGGACCCACGCAAUCCGUGGGCAAUGCAAUAACGCGUCCUCCCUUCCCCUCACCCCCCACGCCGCCUCGUCGAGGAGAAGGGCUGGCCGGUGUCAGAGGGGGCGGCAAGCUGCUGGUGGGGGGCGUGGGGCGGAAGCCGAGACCCCCCCCUCACUUCCGGGGGAGCGUGGAGAGAGGGCAACAAAACGCUGUUGGAGAGCAGAGGGGAUUGGCAAAGGGUUGGAGGAAACGGGAAGGUUUUAAGUUAUGCAGGUCAGAAGCCGCCGAACCGAGCAGAUCUUCUAGACCAAAGCUUUGAAUUCCAAGGGUAAAACAUACAUGGUGUUGAAGGGGGGGCGGCUUUCUCUUUAUCUGCCCCCGACGUGAUUUUUCUUUUUUCAUUUCAAAGGGAUUAAACCCACCACCCCUACAUUUUCCCCCCAAAAAGUUUGAAAUCUUCUUUUUCUCUUUUUAUUAAGUAAUAUUAACCGGCUUUUUGGAUUUUUUUUAAAAAAAUAUUUUUAGGUUUUCUCCCACCCCUUAAAACAUGACUAUUUUUUAAGUCGGAAAAAGGACCUCCCCUCCUUUCUCUUGAGUCUCAACAGUUCUGUUACCUCCUCCUGGUCCAGAUUCUGCCCCUCUCCUCCCCGCAAUUCUCUCCGGCCUGUUGCAGCUAGCUUCGAAGCCUUUUUAGAUGAGUUGGGCUUGAGAUAUUCUUUUUAAAAAGAUAUAUUUUUUAUUAAAGCAAACAAA